CUUUCUCUCCUCUCCCUCUCUUUCUCUCCUUCUGCUUUCUUCUCUCGCUUGUCUUAUGGCUUGGCAAUGAGGGCCCGCCUGGGGAUCGCUCGACAUGUCUUUGGAGAGAUGCUGCCCGUGCGUCUUUCGGAGGGCCUUUUGCCUUUUAAGGUUGCACCCUCCCGGGAAACCGUGCAUCUCCGAGUCUCAGGAUGGACCACGCUAUGGCAGGAAGGAGAAUGACGUCAACUUUCUGGGGGGCAGCCAGACGGCCUGGACCGCCGAUGGAGAGUACCCUGGUUCUGAGGCCGCUCACAAGGGCAGCGUCUCCUCCAAAGCCAUGGUGGAGCUCUACAUCUCUGACCACCGACCAGAGGAGCCGCCACAUGGGGAGGUUAACGGCAGCCUAGGGUUGGGGGGCGUCCACCUAGGUGCCCUUAGCAGCAUCCAGUCCCUGUACAUCUACCGCUCAGACCGAGAGUACCGGCGUUGGGGGGGGCAACUCCAGGACUCCACCUCCUGCUCUCUAGGCCAGGCGGGGGUGACCCUGCAGCUCCCUCGGGGGGGCUGCCAUGGGGAGGAGGUGGGGGCCAAGAGAGAGGCCAAGGCCAGUGGGUGGGUCGAUCCUCCAGAGGAAGGAGGGAACAGAGAGGCGCCUCCUGCCUCGGUCUCCUUUGGAAUCUCGGCAGUAGGUGCGAGGCCAGCAGAGCGGUGGGACUCGGAGUCGGAGAGGGACCUCGGACAGCCCAACAAGCACCGGGCGAGGCUCGCCAGAUUCAGGCGCAGCGAGAGCCAGCUGGAGAAGCAGGCUAAGGUAGCUAAGUCUAAAUGUAAGCGGAUUUCUCUACUGCUUACUGCCGCACCCAACCCCAAAAGCAAGGGGGUGUUGAUGUUUGAGAAGCACAGAGAGAGAGCCAAGAAGUACACACUGGUCAGCUACGGGACUGGAAGGGAGGAACCUGAGUCUGAGGACGAGGAAGACUACCACAGGAUCGAGGUGACCUUCCUAGCUAACGGAGAGCUGCAACUCGACGGGGAGACCUUCGCUAAUGCCUCAGGCUACAAGAUCGGCGUAAACUUUGACAAAGAUAGCGCGCCGCCCGACUUGGACAAGAAGCUGGACCAUCGGGUAGGGAUGGAAUACCUGCCGGAGACGAAGGGCAAAGGGGCUCUGAUGUUCGCCAGGCGUAGGCAGAGGAUCGACGAGAUCGCCGCCACACACGAGGAGAUGAGGCAGAAGGGGAUUCCGGUGGAGGGUCCGCUGGGGCCAGAAAACAUGCCGUCCUACCAGUCCGCGGAGCACACCUAUAAGCAGUCUCCUGACAGCCAGUCCCAUGAGGUCAACGUGGAAGUGGCCAUUCAGCAGCACCAGGCUCCACAGUACCCUCCCACUAUGAAUGGUACGGCUCACUAUCAGCCCGGCGACCUGCAGAGGUUCCAAGUUCCUAACAGGACAGCCCAGCCCUUCUCAGGAGUCCCAAACAGAGUGCCUGUCCCCUUUUCACCUUCAGUGGGCAUCCCUAGCCCAGUGUUAGAUCAACCAGGUUAUUCAGACAGCAAACUCAGAGUAAAUCCUCCUCCAGUUCCUGUGACCACACGGCCUCAGGUCCUGUCACCCACUGACAGGGAACAGAUAGUUUCACGUGAUGAGCGCAUCUCAGUGCCAGCUAUCAGGACCGGGAUGUUGCAUGAUACGAAAAAGAGAAGUGCAGCCAAGACAGCCUUUGGUUCUAAAGAGUCCUCCACAAUGUCAUCUUUGAACCUUCCGAAAGGUGAUAAGAGGCCUGGCUUUGACUUGAGUGUAGAAGAAGACUUCCUUAGUCUAGGUGCCGAGGCCUGCAACUUCCUGCAAGCUCCGGUCGUCAAGCAUAAGACUCCACCACCAGUCGCCCCAAAGCCUAGCAUUAACCUUGCUUCUCCACCUUGGUUAACAGAAAAUACCCAGCUACCUUUGGCUAGUGGAAUUCCAACAUCAGCCAUUGCACCCACUGCAAGUCCCGCACUGGUUGGCUCACCACAACAACACACUACCACAAGCACCUGGAAUCCCCCUGAGCUCCAUCCGCCACUCCAGCAACCUGUGAGUGCUUGGGCUGCACCUGAACCCAAAGUACAACCACCUCCAGGUGCUGCUCCCUGGGGUAUGUCUCAGCCUCAAGCACCAGCCCAGCCACCUUGGGCUGAGCAACGUAUUCCAGUGACUACUGUGCUUCCGACUCAAAACCAGCUCAGGAAUUCAUGGAAUCAGCCUUACAUCUCUGCCAAAUCUGUCGCUUCUCACCUCUCCACCAGCACCUACGGCUCGAGGUUUCCCUCGGUUGGCGGCGCCUCCUCAGCUAGGGCUAUGAGCCCAGCCUCAGACAUGCCCACCAUGAGGGGUAGAGGAGCUGAACUCUUUGCCAAAAGACAGUCACGCAUGGAGAAGUUUGUGGUGGACUCGGAGACGGUGCAAGCGAACAAGGCCCGGGCCCAGUCACCCUCCCCUUCACUCCCAAGUGCCUGGAAGUACUCGUCCAUUGUUCGAGCACCACCCCCUUCAUCAUACAACCCCCUUCUGACCCCCUCAUACCCCCCUGCAGCAGUAAAGUCACCCCCAUCUUCCAGUGCGCCACCUAAACCUAAGACCACCGAGAAGGGGAAACCAGCGCCCAAGCAUAUUAAUUCCUUGGAUGUCAUGAAACAUCAGCCGUACCAACUGAAUGCCUCCCUCUUCACAUAUAGUCCGUCUGUUGAAGAAAAAGCUACCACUUCUGCUACUCAGGUCCCUCCCCCUACAGGCCAAGCAUCAAAGCCCACUGCACCGGGUUCCUGCAGGACUUACUCUCAGAGUCUCCCCAGAAGGCUGCCGUCCAUGUCGUCCAGGUCGGGCUUUGAAUCCAGCUCCUCCACUCCAGUGUUCGAGCCCUCAUGGGAUUCCCUGGAAAGGCAGACCUCGUGGCAGGAGACCACCACCAGGCCGGCUGGGCCCUGGGAGUCCAUGGGCAGAAGCACCCUGGGCCAGUCGUCCAAGCAACGGAGGAGAAGUGAGGGUUUCUACCCAGCACCUCCAGCCUUUAUCGCCACAGCUAAGAGCCCGCUGUCCCCCCCUGCCUCGUCGACCCAGUACGGGCCAUCCUUUGGGCAGUAUCAGUCCCAGCGAUCUAUGCCGGAGGACAGCACCAGGUACAGCGGGUCGAGCUCUGGGCUCAGAAAGCCCGUCAAUCAGCAGGUCUACAGACCAUUAAGCGGCCUGGCCUGGAGACACUAAAACAGCACAAUAUUAAGAGCAAUCAACCCCUCAAAUACAAUAUACCUGUACAAGACGGAACCCAGAGUUUCAGACUUCUGAGACACCAGACACACAUUUAGCCGAUCAUCCCUUCCCUUUUCCCUAUUUAUAGAAACACUGACAUUUCACAUCAAAGAAGGACGGAUACACCGUGAUAUUUUCAUGCCAGAAAUGAAAUCAAAAUUGAUGUUCUGAGGCAAGCAUAGGAGAAGUGAGGCGAACGAUUUUCCAGCCUACAUGCUGUGAUCGGUGUAGCGACGGGCCCCUUGCUGUCACGUCGCACAGCGUCAUGUCAUGUGGGCGUCAACAUAGAGGGAUGCCACCGAAAAUAAGAUCAGGUCCAGCUAGCUACUCCUUACAGUCACGUGACAUACCUGUAAUGAGCAUCUUUUCACAUCCUGUGCAUGUAAAGGUUUAUUAGUAUUCCGGGUGGCUGUGCGUUCUAACGGUAGCCUGAUGUGGCGUUUCCUUGGACACCAUCUGCAUUCUAAAAUCCCCGAGAACUUCUCUCGGUGAUGCACUGCUUGGCUCGUAAGAUCAAUGCACCCACGUCACAUUAGCAUUUUUCAUUCAGCUGAAGAAAACAUCAUUUCGUGACCCUUGUAUGACAGGAAGCUAUACAAAUGAACCAUUUCACUCCAAGGACAAAGUGUACUGAUGCUUAUAAGAGUACUUGAAAGAUGGAUUGGCUUGAAGAUGAACUGAGGAAGAGACUCUGAGAAAGUUAAUAGCAGAAAUAGACACGCGAAGAAAGUUUAAAGAGAUUAAAAAAUACUAAUUUGUGACAAAGCAUUUAGUUACAUAGGAAUAGAGAUGGAUAGACCAAGAGUCAGACAUGUACAAGAAUCGAGCAGAGAGAUGAAGGUUAGAGUAGAUAGUGUCCAGUAUACGUCCAGUGUGUGUAAAUUCUGAGACUGAGUUUGAGGCUUACAGAAAAAAAGAUAUAAUUUCUGAUGGGGCAGAUUAAAAAAAUGAUGUGUAACACUUCCCAUUCAGUGCCCCUUCAUAAUGCAUUCACCGAACAUUCAUAAUGCACUCAUAGAACAUUCAUAAGCAGCAUGCAAGGUCACCUUAACAUCCUAACAUCCCUUAACAGCUUUAAUAUACAACAACAACAAACAUUACAUGAUUAUACAAUUAUAAUGUUUGUUAUUAUUAAAUAAUGUUUGUUAUUCAUGUAUAUUACAGCUGCUAAGGGAUCUUAGGAUGUUAAGGUGUACAUAUAUGAUGUUUAUGAAUAUUUUAUAAAUACUUAAUGAAUACAUUAUGAAGGUGUACUGAACGUUGUACGAAUGCAAUAUAAAAGCAUUAUGAAGGCGCAGGUGAUGUAAAGCCUCAUCUGAUGAGUGUCUGCAGUGGCUUCCCGGCACUCAGGCUUUCGCUUUUAAGUCUUUUGUAACUUUUAAUUAUAUUUGUCAUGAAUUGCAGUGACUAGUAACCUCACGAUGGUUUGUAAAUAAUGAAAAAAAAAAGAGCAUGAAGACGUGUUGACACAGUUUGGAAUUUUGGGGUAAAUAUGUAUUUGAAUCAGGGACAGUAAUUGUGGGACUGUUGGGUAACUCUGAAAUAGUGGCUGGUGGCUGAAAAAUCGGAGGAUGUAAGAAGAUAAUACAUUUUACAAUAUUACAAUACUGAUUAAUUUUCAAAAGAAUAGAGAAAAUUUGUUUCUAAAUGACAAUAAGAUUAUUACUCAUUUCAUAAUUGAAUCUCAAGAAUAGCUCAAUGGUCCAGCCUCCUCUGUUUAGUACACAUAUUGACAUUAAAUAUCCAUAUUUUACCUGCACAGUUUCAUAUCAUGAACCUUCCUACUUUCCCGCCACUAUUUGUAUGAAUACUUACAGGACACUAUGUUUUCAAUUUGUUUAACAAAAAUGCAUUUUCAUACGACUUUAUCCACACUUUCCGCAAAAGCACACGUUCGGCUUUAAAUCCAUUUCGUACCAGCAGCUACUUCUGCUCCACAUAAAUAGUGAUGCUAUUUUUAUGUGAUUUCUAAAGUGUGUAAUAAGUAAGUAAUGAUUUGAAACAGUUGAUUAAUUAUGUGAUGUUUUAUGAAUGGGAAAAGACAAGAAUAAUUACUGUCUCUAGUGCUGUUUCCAUGGUAUUUAAUGAAAGGUCUGUGUCUGCUAUUUAUUACCUGUGGUGUUUUCGCUGCUCUGCGGCGUGAGUCGUCCCACUUGGUUUUGGGUCGCCAGGGACGCUGACCGCUUCUCUAAGGCCGUGGAUCAGCCCAAAAUAUUCAGACAGCAUGAAAAACUUACAACGAAUGGCCUUUGACUGAUACUUUCCAUUUUAAUUGUUGCUAAAUAUAGAGCAAAAUGACGUAAUAACAUGAUACUAAAAUGACUCAUUGUGGUAAAAAUAAAGUACUUUUUUUCUAAACAGCAUUUAGGAGAUAGCUGUGAAUGUCGCACAUUUUGCACUGUCUGAACGAAGUGAUGCAAUUAAACAUUUUACGACGUGC